CUCUACCAUCAUUCGAACAAACAUACAUUAUCUGAGGAGAGGGAGCAUCUCCCUGCUACUAUUAUUAGCUAUCAGUACUGUGCCACAUUGUAGUUGAAGCUGUGAUGUGUUUCCUCUUCCUGCAGACCGUUGUGUAACACUGGAUAACAUCAUGCGUCAGAUAAGACCUUUGGCACAUAAGUGGUCCGAUUUUGCCAACUUCCUAGAAUUGCAGGAUCCCGGCAUGCCAGACGUUCACAACCACUCUGAUGAGGAAGCGCUGAAGGUCGUUGUCACCAGGUGGAUGAUUAGGACUGGGAAUACCCCAACAUGGGGGGAGGUGUCUGGGUUGGUGAGGCACAUUGGGUUCCCGGAACUGGCAGAUGCUAUCAACAGGGUCUAUGUCACAGGU